GCAGAACCUCAAUAUUCAAUGAUGAAGAUGGUUCUGCACCUCUUUUUUUUCCUGGUUCUGCCUUUUGCUCCCGUGCUAGCGCAGUACCAGAAUAUAACCGUCACCAAUACUGAUCCUUCUAUCCGUUUUUCUAGUGGUUGGAACCCAUCUGGCGUUGGCGUCUGCACAGUAGAUGUUGAUGCCUACGGAGGCGCGCGCAAUUGCACCGAUCAGUACGGCGCUAAUGCAACCUUCACGUUCACCGGUGUUGCAGUAUACUACAUAGAGCCUCUUUUUCCUAAUAGCGAUUAUGUUACUACCGUUCUUUCACUUGACUCUGGACCACUUGUUUUGAUAGAUCUCAGCGCCGAGACCGCAGAGCCAUGGGCUGUCAGAUGGGGAGCAAGUGGACUGAAUAACGGCCCACAUACUCUUGUCAUCUUCGGGCCUAGUCAUACUGCUACCCCAAGUGGCACGUAUGGCGAAGUGAAUGCAUUCAUCUACACAGUAGUUGAGCAGGAUCCAGUAGCUCAGACGACUUCAGGAGCUCAGACGACUUCAGGAACUCAGUCGACUUCAGGAGCUCAGUCGACUUCAGGAGCUCAGUCGACUUCAGGAGCGCAGUCGACUUCAGGAGCUCAGUCGACUUCAGGAGCUCAGCCUUCUCCAGUAGCUCAGUCUGAUCUAGCAGUUGAACAGCAUCCCAAUAUCGCUGCAAUUGUGGGCGGUACUGUUGGUGCGGUAGCUCUGGCAUUAAUGGCACUAGCAAGUUGGAUCUUUCGCCAAAAUUUGGAGGAUUGGCUCAGAGAUCUCGCGUUUUUCGCGUUUGGAUGGUUUUUCUUCAAGAGGUGUCGCGUUGUCCUCAUCUCCGAUGUCCUUCACGAAACCCAGAUCACGUUUUUCCUCACUCUGACUCCAGGUCUUCCUGGCAGUGCCAGUCAAGCCCAGUCGUCCGGUGACGGUGAAGAUGAAGUAUUACGUUGGAAGGUCAUUCAAAUCGGUCCCGCUAAGCGUCAAGAGGUUGUCUAUCUGCCCUCCACAGGUCGCACGGAUAUUCCUGGCCUUGUGGUCUGUAGAUUGAACGCGAUGAGAAAUGGUUUCGAGGCCAACGAAAUAUCACCUGGGGCAGCGUCCGACUUCAUACAGAAUGGGGAAGCCUAUGAAUGGGUCCCAAGCGAUCGCCCUGGGAUAUCUGUUAGAAAUCAGGCGCCGCAUGAUGACCUUUUCGCUCUUGCAACGCUGUUUGACGAUGGAAGCGCAAAUCCAUUCAGGACAUUCACUCUACUAAAAAAUGCAUCACGAGAGUUCGAUGUCGGUAUCUACCUUCACGCAUUCCGAACUACAGGUGCUACGCCUGGUUCCCAACAUGACUUUUCUGAUCCUGAAUUCCUUGCCAAUCGAAUCACCGAAGAGGAAGGCUGCGAAGUUUCAAAACUUGGCCCAGUGACGUACUGGUAUGUUUACGAGGACGGCAACCGGUUGAAGGUCAAAAUUGCAAAAUCUCGAAAGGAGAUUAAACGAUACAAGCAUGAACUUACAACGAAUUUCCCUGAUUCUCCGAGUCCAUGGUACAAAUACUGCAAAGAAUGGAUAGUCAGAGCCAGCUGGAACAAUGUAACGACCAUAUUAUAG